CGCUACGUCACCGGUGGGCGGGGCCUCCCCCAGCGCUGCACUUCCGGUGGAGACGUGGCUCUGCGCUGCUGCCGUACUGACGCUAGCUGUGCUAAGCUAACAAACACAGCAGGCUGAAGUCCGCACCGACCAGAGCAGAACUCCACGAGAACCGAGCCACGCCAGACACGGAAGCUCGUCGGACCUCAAAGAGAAACCAAACAUGGUGCUGUUGGCAGCGGCGGUUUGCACCAAGGCCGGCAAGGCCAUCGUAUCGCGGCAGUUUGUGGAGAUGACCCGGACACGCAUCGAGGGUCUCCUGGCCGCCUUCCCCAAACUGAUGAACACGGGCAAGCAGCACACCUUCGUGGAGACGGACAGCGUUCGCUACGUGUACCAGCCGCUGGAGAAACUCUACAUGGUCCUCAUCACCACCAAGAACAGCAACAUCCUGGAGGACCUGGAGACACUCAGACUCUUCUCCCGCGUGAUCCCAGAAUACUGUCGUGUGCUGGAGGAGAGUGAGAUCUCGGAGCACUGCUUCGACCUGAUCUUCGCCUUCGAUGAGAUCGUGGCGCUCGGCUACAGAGAGAACGUCAACCUGGCUCAGAUCAGAACCUUCACAGAGAUGGACUCCCACGAGGAGAAGGUGUUCCGCGCCGUCAGAGAGACCCAGGAGAGAGAGGCCAAGGCCGAGAUGAGGAGGAAGGCCAAGGAGCUGCAGCAGGCCAGGAGAGACGCCGAGCGCUCCGGGAAGAAGGUUCCGGCGUUCGGCGGCUUCGGCAGCGCCGGCAUGACCAGCGUCUCCUCGGGCUCCAUCAUCUCAGACACCAUCGUCGAGCCCGAGAAGCCCAAGAUCACUUCAGCUCCAGUCAGACCAAGUGGACCCAGUAAAGCUCUGAAACUGGGCGCUAAAGGGAAAGAGGUGGACAACUUUGUUGACAAGCUGAAGUCUGAGGGUGAAACCAUCAUGCCCAGCGGAGGGAAGAGGGGCUCAGAAGUGUCCAAAGCUCUUCCUCCACCAGUCAACGUGGAGAGCGUGCAUCUGCGCGUUGAGGAGAAGAUCUCGCUGACUUGCGGCCGUGACGGCGGCCUACAGAACAUGGAGGUUCUGGGGAUGGUGACGCUCCGAGUCACAGACGACAAGAACGGACGCAUCCGCCUCAUCAUCAACAACAAUGACAACAAAGGGCUGCAGCUGCAAACACAUCCCAAUGUGGACAAGAAGCUGUUCACAGCUGAGUCCGUGAUCGGCCUGAAGAACCCGGAGAAGUCCUUCCCUCUCAACAACGACGUCGGAGUGCUGAAGUGGAGACUACAGACCACAGACGAGGCCCUCAUACCGCUAACCAUAAACUGCUGGCCUUCAGAGAGCGCUAGCGGCUGUGAUGUGAACAUUGAAUACGAGCUUCAGGAGGAGAGCCUCGAGCUCAACGACGUCAUCAUCAGCAUCCCCGUACCGUCUGGCGUGGGGGCUCCCAUGAUUGGAGAUCUGGACGGAGAGUACAAACAUGACAGCAGGCGAAACCUCCUGGAGUGGUGUUUACCCGUCAUCGACGUCAACAACAAGACGGGCAGUCUGGAGUUCAGCAUCGCCGGGCAGCCCAACGACUUCUUCCCCAUCAACGUGUCCUUUGUGUCCAAGCGCAACUACUGCGACAUCCAGGUAACCAAAGCGACUCACGUAGAGGGCGACGCCUCCGUUAGAUUCUCUUCAGAAAUCUCCUUCGUUGUCGACAAAUAUGAGAUCCUGUAAAAAAACAAAACACAAAAAAAAUCAAAGAAAACAACAACUACAAAAAAAAUCACAAACAACAAAAAAAGUCCAAAUCUAUGCUACAGAGAGAAAGAUGAAGAUCCCUUUUUUGCGUGCCGGCCCUGUAAACUAUCUGAGAGACUGUGUCCAUCGACAGGACUACGCCACGCCUCCUCCUGGUGGUGGAGCAGAGCAGCGCUGGUGUAUUUAUAUGUUUGUAUGAGAGGAGCAUCUAUAUAUAGAGAGUUAAUUCCACACACACACACACACACACACACACACACACACACACACACACACACACACACACACACACACACACACACACACAACUACACUGAUGCUGUCGUGUUCGCCCGAGCAGAACUGUUAAAGAGGACGUAAGUAGAGGAUGACUGCGGCGAUGAGGAAAACCCUGACGGAGGUAGCGAGGGAGGACCUAGCUUAGCAUCCUUCCUCACCCUUUCUUCCUCUCCCGCACCGCAACAGUUCAUGGAUUAACGGGGUUCUUUGCUUUUCUUUCCUUUUUUUUUUUUUUUUCCAUAAUUACUGCAGAAGUGUAGCUGUAUUGAUCAUUAUCAGCUUGUUGCUCUUUAAUCGUUAAACUAUUAAAAUUAUGAUUUAUUUUCUUCUCCGCUUUUUUGUAAAGGUAACAAAAGCAAAAAUAUUUCUCUGUGCUCGGUAUAAUGUGUGUACUGUCUGCGGUUAUCAGCUAAAUUGUUGUGUACCUGUUUUAUUUUUAAUUGUUUUUUUGUUUUUUUUUUACUGUAUAAUUUACCACUAAUCUGGAUAUUGAUAAUAUAUAUAUAUAUACAUAUAUUAUAGGUAAUAUAUAUUAUAGGUAAUAUAUAUUAUAGGUAAUAUAUAUGUAUAUAUAUUAUUAAUAAGUCUCAGCUGCAGUAAAAAAACAUUUGACCAUUGCAUCUGUUGAAUUUUCUUAUCUUUUAUUUUUUUUGUCAUAACACCAUUGCAGCCACUCCUCACUUUGGUCCAUUUAAGUCCAGCGAUCAGAUAUCACAGAGUUCAGAAGUUAGUUUGACUUUGAACGACAUCCAAGCCUUUAAUCUGACGUCCCACGGGGCGUUUUUUAAGAUCUGAGAUCAGAGUGGACGUGCUUUUGGAGCGAUGGUGGAAAUCCACACACAGAUCAGGGAUCAGUUAUUCGACUCUUUACCCCUCAGAUCAAAGUUAAGCAGAGAGACCAACACCCCUCUUCAUCCUUUACUUACAUUCUCAUCGUACAUCAACAUUAUUCACGAUAUAAAGUUUAUUUUAUGUUCUUGUUUUUUUUUUUGUUAAUUUGUACUCCCCAAAUUUCAAUUUAGCAAAUGGUUGUGUGGAUGUGGGGUUGAAAAUGACUAGAUUGAGCAUUUUUAACUAAAUUACUGAAGGGGAAUCUUAACAUUCCAGUGUACAAUUAGAAAAAAAUGAAUCUUUAAUGGAAUAAAAUGUAUUAUUGAAAAGUC